AUGAGCGACCUCUUCAAAAAACUCGAAUCAAAAAUCGACAAAUCAAUCGAAAAAGGCAAAGAAUCGCUUCAAAAAUCAAAACAAUUUUUCCACGGAAGCGGCGGCGAUUUUCAUCAUCAACAACAUCAUGUUUCGGCAUCAAAUAUCUUUGGUAACGGAGGCAGCACUAACGAGAAAGCAUGGCAAAAUUGGGCCGGAAAUAUUUACAUUGAACCAGAGAAGAUUUUCCGCCCGAGCUCAUUAAAGGAUCUUAAAGAAAUAAUUAGAAAAGCAAAAAAACACGGGAAAAAAAUUCGGUGUGUUUCCUCAGGACGUAACACGUGGAGUUCGUUGUCAGUUACGCGGGAUUAUUUAGUUAUUGUGGACAGGUUGGCAAAAGUUGAGGUGCAGAAAAGUGAAAAGUAUGGGUGGAUUGUUACUGCAGAUGCUGGAGCAACCAUUAAACAAAUUGACGACACACUUAGAGUUCAUAAUCCACCAUUGGCUCUUGAUUCAAUGACCCAACUUGAUUCAGUUGGCGCUUCUGGUAUUGUAGCGACCGGGUCGUAUGGUGUUGGACUCGAAGCAAGAUGCGUUUCUGAUAAAGUUGUUUCCGUACAAAUUGUCACUGCUGAUGGUGAAUUGCGUGAGUUUACCGAAGAAAAAGAUUCGCUUGAAAUGAGUGCAGCUCGUGUUAAUUUAGGUCUUCUCGGCAUUAUUUACAAGGUUACUUGGCGCGUAGAGCCAUUAUUCAAUCUACGUCUCGUCGACUCCCAACCUCUUCUCAAGUCAUCGUUUCACCCAGCAGCGAUUAAAGAGCUCUAUUCAAACGCUGACAGUCUCGAAAUAGUCUACUGGCCAUUUAACGAGAGUGAAUUCGAUUUUACACAUGACAAACUUUGGGUGAAACAAUGGACUAGACACAAAGACGACGAAAACAGUAGUGAGAUUGCCAACAAAAAAUUAGCUGGACAACGUAUUCGUGCAGAAUACGAAACAAAAUUCGGCGAAAAUCAAUUAUACAAAGUUCUUGUGAAUUCUCCGGAAUGUACGCCGUACAUCUCGAAUCUUAUAUGGAAAACUGGACCGGCGUCUAAACCUCAAGAUCAUGUUCUUCAUGCUCCAGAUGCCAUUCAUCAUCAGAUUGGUGGUGAUAAUGUCCCAUAUGAGGAUUUGGAGUUUGCGUUCAAACUUGGAGGCAAAGAUGAGUUUGGGAGUGCAAUCGAAGAGUUUAGGUUUAUAAUUUCUAAGAUAUACGAAUAUGCUAAACAAGGCAGAUUUCCAGUAAAUCUUACAACUGAACUCAGAUUCGUGAAAUCGUCUCGAUCACUCUUGGCGCCUGUUUACGAUGAGGAUCCAAACGCAAUUUACUGCUACAUUCAAGUACUCGCCGUACGAAAAACAUUAGAGUGGGAAGAAUUCUCCUCUGAAUUGGCAGCAAGAUGGAUAAACAAAUAUAAAGCGCGACCACAUUGGUCUAAACACUGGGAAUACGUGCCCGGCAUUAAACCUCACUUGCAUGAUACACUAUCCGGGCAAAUACAAAAAUUCGAAAAAGUUCGAGCGAAAUAUGAUCCGGAGAAAUUGUUUUUCGAUAAUGAGUCUUUGAAGGAAAUUUUUUAUGGAGUUCCAAAGGCUGAUGCCGCUUCAAGUGUGUCAGCAUCCGUCUCUUGA